AUGGACUCUCCCGCAAAUAUUGGUGAUAGUACGACAUUAUCUAUUCAGCAAAAAUUAUCCAACACACAUAUUGAUGGAGUCAUUGAUACACUGAUCAAUUCAGCAGUCUACUCUGGAAUUAAAGUUAUACAGUUGCUGAUAAAAGUGAGCGAGGAGGCUAAUCAAAUCCCCGAGAAGAGUAAAGAUGAAAUAAUUGUUCUCAGGAGAGUGCAGGAUUCAUUCAUUAAUAUAAGUCAACUACUCGAUAUAUUGAUCAGGCUCAACAUUUUGACACAAACGCAAGUGAAAAACUACUUGAACAAUGAAGUUUUAUCCAACUUGGAGUACUUUGGCAACCCGGCUUCUAAGGACAAUUUGCAAGUUUUAAACUAUGCCAAUCAUGAAAACAAGUUUCUUCGUGGAAUCUGGGUUCCUUAUGACAAAGGAGUCAAAAUUGCUUUAAAAUUUGAUGUCUAUGACAUGACCAAGGCAUUAUUUCUUGUUGAUGUUCACGAUUUUGAAACGCUUCCCAAGUACAAGAAAAGGGCGUUGGAAGGGGAAGAAACGUCAAACGACGUGGAGCAGGGAUCUCCUUUCAAAAAACAAAAGACUGAAGUCGAGCCUAAUAAAAAUAAAGACUUGGUUCAAUCAAAUGAAACCGAAUUUAAUCCAAAUUAUCCUUACACGCUUCCACUGGUUACAUUAGAGGAUAAUAAGAUAGAUCUCGCAAACGACAUCAAGAGGGUUCUAGGAGAAGUUUUUAAGAAAGACGACCAGCUAGAUAGUGGAACUGCUACCGAAGAUGUUGGCAAAGAAUUUGAAUCGAUUUUCAAGUCUUACCCAAAGGAGGACAUAAAAGAUAUACCACUAGAUCAGAAGGGACAAACUGCUUUGCAUUUUGCGGCGACAUUGGCUUCGUCGAAUCUCAUUGCAUGCUUUAUUGAAUUGGACAUCAACUCGCCGAUGAGAGGUAAUAUGGAUGGGGAGUCUCCGUUAAUUGCCUGUAUCCAGGUAACCAAUGCUAUGGAGAAAGGAAACUUUAAGGAAAUAUUGACACAAUGGUUGCACCCAGACAUAUGGCUAAUAGAUAAAAAAAACCAAACUGUUUUACACCACCUCGUGCUCCAAUCAAGAAAGAAUGAGAGCUACAAAUUUUAUACGAGAAAAAUAUUGGAGUAUGUUUUACUAAACGGCGACAAGAAGCUCCUAGAAUUUAAAAAGAAAGUUUUGAACGCGCAAGACAUCAACGGUAACACGGUGCUACAUCUUGCUAUUGAAAAAGAGAAUCGCUGGUUUAUUAAAAUAUUAGCGGACUUGGGUGCUGACACCACCAUCGUGAACAAACUUGGAAUCAAGUGUCAAGAUUUUGAAAUAUUGAAUGACUUGUCUGAUGUUGACGUUGGCGACCACAUUUUUGAUUUGAUCAAAACUAGUCAUGAUUUUCUUAAGGAACGUGUGAAUGCAAUUGGGGUGGAGCACAUUCAGGACGUUGAAGAGGUUAAAGAAAAGCCUCCCGUCGAUUCUGAGUCGACACCAGCCAGUCUGUCAAAUGUUUCUGACAAGAUAUUUCAAAGUAUUCAUCAAUUAUUAGGAGAUACCAGUCUUGAAUACACCAAAAUUUUGAACUCCAAACGGGACCAGAUUAAAGCUUUGGACCAGGCGUUGCACGAUGCCACAAUUGUUACUGCCAAUAACCGAUUCCAAACAAAGAAAUUGACCGAAAAUUUAGAAAGACUAGACACUUUUAAAUUACAAGCGGCAAAUGUGGCAGACAAACUAGUUUUAUCUCAACAAGAAGUAGUAGCCAAAGAUGAAGUCAAGUUUGACGAAAACCAGCACUACGAUGCCGACGAGCCAUUCCUUAUCCAGCCAAUGUAUGACAGAUUGGCAAAUAAUGAGUCCAUUGCUGAUCUCAAGGAUGAUGCAAAUGUCCUCAGGCAGCUACCUCCAACCAAGAUACUCCAAGCAAGACUAAAUGCCUAUAGGGAGAUAAACUCGAAGCUAGAAGAUGAACUAAAGAGUUUGGUUGAUUACAGCGAAUUGACGUCAAAGUUCAAAAAUGUUGUAAGUAUAUGUACAAACGUGGGCAUUGAUGAUGUCGACGAGCUCUUGGACGGCUUGUUAGAAGCUGUUGAGAGCUAG